AUGGAGACGUUGAACAACACAGCCUGGGACGUCCUCAUUGCCGGCACCGGCCUACAACAGUCGCUGCUGGCUUUAGCCCUGUCCCGCUCAGGCAAGAAAGUGCUGCACAUCGACAAGAACAGACACUAUGGAGGGGCGGAAGCUGCCUUCAGUCUGCAAGAGGCCGAGUCAUGGGCCCAAGAACUGACUCAAGGUGACCUCAACUUACCCUUCCACAAUGCGGCGAUAGAACAGCCUUCAUUACCCACUGAAGAUGAUGAUGGACCAAAGCUGUCGUUCUCGCGGGCGUAUAGCCUGGCGCUUGCUCCGCAGAUAAUCUACACUCGCUCCGCGCUCCUCCCGGUUCUUCUUUCCACCAAAGUUUAUCGACAGCUAGAAUUUCUGGCAGUCGGCAGUUGGUGGCUUUACACACCAGCAUCGCCGCCCGACACAAAUCCAGAGGUCUCGGACAGCGCUAGAGGUGAAGAUGCCACAUUAGCGAGCAAAGGCUGCCUUACCAGGAUACCAAGCGGGAGAGAAGAUGUCUUCGCAGACCAGAGCCUCGAUAUCCGGUCGAAGCGGGCCUUGAUGAAGUUUCUCCGCUUCGUAGCCGACUACGAGAACCAGCCAGAGAUUUGGGAAGCACACCGUCAGGCGCCGUUCCCCGAGUUCCUCUCCAUUCAGUUCAAGCUCCCUGCGGCAUCCCACAAUAUGCUCCUUGCGCUCACAUUGUCACCUUCUGCACCUCUUGAGACGACCACUGAAUCUGCUUUGCCGCGUAUAGCUAGGCACCUUCGGUCCAUAGGGCUAUUCGGGCCUGGCUUUGGAGCGGUCAUACCGAAGUGGGGAGGCCUAGCAGAGAUUGCCCAAGUCUCGUGUCGCGCUGGCGCAGUAGGCGGUGGUACGUACGUUCUCGGGAAACGAGUUACGAAAAUCGAGGUCAAGAGCGAAUGCGCAAACGUUGCUAGCGACACAGACAUAAGCCCAUCUCAAGCUUUCGACACAGUGCUUGCUGGCGAAGACGGUGUGGACGUCGUCAGCGCGGCCUGCAUUGUGGGCUCCGACGAAGACCUGCCGUCGGCCUCGACUUCCAGCCAAGAUGCCCAGCAGUCCGCUCGUCGUUCGAUAUCGAUAAUCUCUUCGCGUCUCGAGUCAUUGUUUCCGCCGCUCGCCGAAGGCGCUCCCGCACCAGCAGGUGCCGUUGUCGUCUUCCCCGCCGGCAGUCUGUCCGACGGUGGAGCCGAGUCAGCUACGGAUUCACCAGUCCACAUCCUUAUGCAUACGAGCGAUACAGGCGAAUGUCCAGAUGGCCAAAGCGUCCUAUACGCAAGUAUGACCGCUCCCGGCGCCGCUGGUUUCGCACUCCUCGACCGCGCCGUCUUGGAGCUUCUUCAUUGUGUCGGCGAAGAACCUUCGCCGACUGUCCUGUGGUCUCUGCGCUAUGAGCAGAGCCAGUCCGCUCUUGAUACCCCGGCUUCAGCAUCUUCGAGCGAAGGCAGGAUUCUUAGAUUUCCGCAAUCGAGUCUGGACCUGGCUUUUGAUGAUGGCAUGCUUGAGCGUGUCAAAAAGAUCUGGCAGGAGAUUGUGGGGUCGGAUGCGGGAGAGUUUAUGAAAUUCGGAGAGCAAGGGAAUGGUGGCGGGGAGGAGGAGGAUGAUGAGGAGGCGUAG